UGCCGGAACCUGUUCAUGACUACAAGUCCCGUGCUCCGCUCUUCCUCAUCCUCUAAGUCUUUAGUUCCCCGCCCCGGCCUCAGCUGGGCCUCCUGGGCCCGAGGCGCGGCGUUCCGGCGAGUCAGCUGUCUCUCCCGUGGGCACGACAGACGGAAGCCGGAGGGGCACAGGGAGGAGCUUCGGGCGGGGUGAACGCCUGCCCUACGUGCUCGUUCCCCUCGCGACCGCUGCGCGCGAGCCUGGUGUCCCCGCGGCGGCCAGCAGCGGCGGCGUCGGUGGAACGCGGAGGGGGCGGAGGGAGCCCACGGCGGCGGCGGCGGCGGCGGCGGCGGCUGCAACAGCGAAAUGGCGGAGACGGUGGCGGACACCCGGCGGCUGAUCACCAAGCCGCAGAAUCUGAAUGACGCCUACGGGCCGCCCAGCAACUUCCUUGAGAUCGAUGUGAGCAACCCGCAGACUGUGGGGGUCGGCCGGGGCCGCUUCACCACCUAUGAAAUCAGGGUCAAGACAAAUCUGCCUAUUUUCAAGCUGAAGGAAUCUACUGUUAGAAGAAGAUACAGUGACUUUGAAUGGCUACGAAGUGAAUUAGAAAGAGAGAGCAAGGUUGUAGUUCCCCCACUCCCUGGGAAAGCGUUUUUGCGUCAGCUUCCUUUUAGAGGAGAUGAUGGAAUAUUUGAUGACAAUUUUAUUGAAGAAAGGAAGCAAGGCCUGGAGCAGUUUAUAAACAAGGUCGCUGGUCAUCCUCUGGCACAGAAUGAACGUUGUCUUCACAUGUUUUUACAGGAUGAAAUAAUAGAUAAAAGUUAUACUCCAUCUAAAAUAAGACAUGCCUGAAAUGUGGCGAAAGGGGAUAAAAAAACUUUCCGUGACUAUUACUGAUUUCACCAGUGAAGACGUUCUAACUAACUUUUAGCAUGCUGCACAGAAACUGGUAUAACAUGCCUUCAGUAUACUAACACUCGUAUGCUCUGUUUUGUUUUGUUUUGGCAGUUGACAAGAAGUUAAUUUGCUUUAGUGAAAAUCCCUCAUUCCAGCCUUUCUGUAUAAUUGCUCUUCCUUGCUGUUUUAAUGUCGUACACACGAUAGCCUCCCAAACCUGUUACCAGUAUAAUCUGCAGUUUUCGAACUAAAGUUACUGACUUGGUCUUAUCUGCACAGUUUUUGUGUCAUGUUUGCUUCUUGAAUCUGAUUAACUAGACUAUUUCUCUUCUCCCCUUUUUAAUAUGUGCUGUCACUUGACCUAAUUUAUGUGUGGGAGCACUACACCAUUGGUUUCCAGCACCCGACAUGUAAGAUACAUACUUGCGUGCAGAGAGUAUCUCCCUUCAGGCUUGCAAUACCUUCACAUGGAAGAUCAACGAGGGAAAUCUUUAUAUUCUGUAUAAAAACAAAAUCAAAUUUAUAUACUAAAAUCAUUUGUCUAAAAAUUUAAGUUGUUUUCAAAUAAAAAUAAAAAUGCAUUUCUGAUAUGCACUGAUUGUGUUGCCUUCAGCUUUUCUUUUCUCCCUUUAUGGCUUUCCUACUUAACUCACUUGUUAAGAGGGAUUAUUUACUAAUUAUAUACUUCUCAUUCCUGUAACUCCAUUCCUCUUUAAACAGUGGUGAUAUCAAAUAUGCCACCACCCUUUCAAUGGGGUAUUUUCUUUUAAACAACAAAAAAGUGAUGUACUAAAAAAAAGCAUUCCUGAAGGCUUACUGAGUCGUUAUGAAGCACUUUGUGUAUUUGAAAAAUGUUUAUAAUCUCAAGUCAUUCUUUUUAAAGGCCUUUUAAGAUAAGUCAAUACCA